AUGAGGACAUUCGCCAGAGCAUGGACGAUUCUUUUAGUGAUGAAGCUGUCGUACGCGGGCAAACCGGUGGACGUGUUGACGUCCAGCAGCCUCAACGCCCUGGAAGACGAGGAGAUCCUCCGAGUGCUGUCGCGCAACGAGAGCACAUCGGCCAAUAAUUUCACGCUGGUCGGGCUAAUUGACAACUGGAGGAACCACACGACCCAGACAGAGGCCACGUGGCGGACGAAAGAGCUGGAUGUCCGCACUAAUCCCUUCUACAACGAUUUUCCCGAGCAAAUUGAUCGAGAGGCAAGGAGAUUGUUACAAGUUCUUCCAGCUUUCGACCCCAGUGUUGGACGAGUAAGCGGAGAAUGCAAAAGGCACGCUGACAUUUUUCAUCGGGAGCUUGCCAAAUUCACUUUGUGGGCUCUCAAAAUGUACGAUGCAACGGCGAAAAUACCGUCUGGCCUGUUAAACGGAAAUAUAAAUCAGUUCGGCGACUUCGACGAGUGCGUUGGAAUCGAAGGAAGCGACGGAAUUCAAGGGCAAUAUUGCUUGGCGUACCUUCAGCUGACCGUCGACGAGUCUCGCCUAGAUCUGAGGCAUCUUCAUCGGUUGGUGCAUUCCCAUUAUGCUUUCAGAAGCAACGUCACCGAUUCUGGCCAUCGAGUACCUCGAUUUAAUAUAGUAAAUUGGGCAGUCUGUACUCCAGCAUCGUGUAGUUUCAAAGAUGUCGAGACGUCUAUUCGCGAGAUCCUUACUAGAUACACCUCGCAAACUGGCGUAAAAGUUACGGUGAAGGUGAACAAAGAAAUGUGUCAAGUAAAAACGAAAGAACCUGUACCAAAGGAAACUAUAUUUGUUAGCUUACUCUUCAUAGCUAUAUCUGUCUUGACAAUUGUAGCAGCUCUUUGUGAUCAUUACAAAAUACCAACAAGCGAAUUACUUCUAUCGUUCUCUUUGAAACGUAACUUCAAGAAGCUUAUAUCGUUAGAACGAAGACAAAAUGACAUAGCUACACUUCAUGGUAUACGAGCUAUAAAUGCUCUAAUGCUGCUUUUAGCUCAUAAAAGCAUGGCUCUAUUCUUUAAUCCUUACGCAAACAGAACGGAAAUGAGCGAGUAUCUUGGUAAACCAUGGACGGUCAUAGGAAGAGCUGCCAGCCUUUACACAGACCCAUUUAUAAUGCUUUCUGGUCUUUUAACAUCAUAUUCUUUUAUUGGGAAACUAAAAAAGACUGGCAAUUUGGACAUAAAAGAUGAAUACAUAUCUCGUUUAAUCAGAAUAGUGCCACCUUUAGCAACCUUGAUAUUGUUAUGCACAUAUGUAAUACCUUAUACUGGCUCUGGACCACAAUGGAAUUUGGUGAUAACCGAACAUGCAAAUAUUUGCAAGAGAACAUGGUGGAGAAACUUUCUAUUUAUUCAUAAUUACUUUGGAUUCGAAUCUAUGUGUCUUACUCAUACUCAUCACCUAGGCAUAGACACGCAGCUAUUCAUUCUUUCACCUUUGAUGGUGCUUCUCCUUUAUAAAAAGCCAAAGAUUGGGACUAUUGUUCUUACUAUGUGUGCUUUAUUUUCAACUGCACUUCGAUAUUUUGUAACAUAUUACAGAGAAUUAAGCAAUUAUGUCUUCUUUGGUACCUCGAUAAAACAACUAUUCGAUACUGCAGAUUUUUCAUAUACUCUGCCAUCGCAUAGACUGACAGUUUACAUAAUAGGAAUUUUUAUGGGCUAUCUGUUAAGAUAUUUGCCAAAAGAUUACAAGAUGAAUAAAAUGGUUCUUUACACAGGUUGGAUCUUAUGCACAUUCAUGUGCUGUUGUGCAUUCUUUGGACCUGCACGUAUGGGAUCCAUAAAUUAUAUAUAUAACCCAAUAGAUGCUGCAAUGUAUAAUGCAUUUGCUCCCAUUGGCUGGUGUAGCAUAUUUGCAUGGGCAACUGUGACGUACCAUACUGGGAAUACAAGUGAUUGGUUCAGUAGACUUUUAGCGUGGAAGGGAUUUCUGGUUACUACAAGGCUCAGUUAUGCGAUAUAUUUAACACAGUUUCCAAUAUACUUUUACAAUGUUGGAAGAACUCGAAGUGCUGGACAUUUUGCAUUCUUCAGCAUGCAAUUUGACCUACAUGAAUUUUUAUGGAUUUUUAUUUUAUCAAUAGUUCUCACUUUACUAGUUGAUACGCCAUUUCAAAAUAUUAAAAGCUAUUUAAUGAAAAAAUCUUCAUUGCCAGAAACAACGACGAAAUCGUUGAAACAACAAUAAUUUUUUCACCAAAUAAUUG